UGAGGGGGUAUAUAAAGCUUGCAGAAGAGGUUUUGCUCCCCUGGCAGUCAAAAUGAAACUCCUGCUCCCGCUCUCCUGCCUGCUCAGCCUGCUGGCCCUCACCACCGCAGAUUCGGUGAGUGAGGUGCCUGACAGUGAGCCACUGAUGCGUCUGCAGCUGCAGAAGAAGGGUGACCGGUUCCCGUGCUGUGACGGCACGGAAGAAAUUACUCAGAGCUCCUCCAACGACACGCCCGCACCCGAACGAACCGUCUGCCAGCCUUGCACCGCCGGCCCGCACCUGGACACGCCUGCCAGGGGGGAGGCUGUAAGCAGUGAGGAGGUGGGGGAGGAAGAGGAAGCAUCUGAAGGGCUAGGUGAAGAAGAGUCUGAGCAACAGGAGGAGGUUGUAGAGGAGUCUGAGUAUCAGGGGGGGUUUGGGGUUGAAGCAGUAGCUGCAGAGGUAAAACCUGCAGAGACAAGCAACAGAAACCCAGGAGAGAUGAUGGCAGACGCUGCACCUAUCCAAGAGCCCAACCCACCGCUCAUACUGGAGGCUGAGCUUGAGGAAGUUGAAGGAACAGUCACUGAACAGGAGGCAUCGCCUGCACCUUCUGACACUCCUGUGGAGAAACCUACAAAGAAAGCAGCAGCUAAAGGCUCUGGAAAAGAGGAGACAACAUCAGAAGGGGUCAAGAUGAGGGACCGGUCUCACAUCGACAACACACUUCAUCUUUCCACAACUAAGCCAUCGGAGAAGUUUACAGACACCCUAAAGAAGCUGCAGCAUAUUUAUCACACAGCCAUUAAGCCUUUGGAGCAGGCGUACAAGUACAAGGAGCUCCGACAGCACGAGGUCUCAGAUGCUGAGAUCACUUCCAAGCCCAUGGUGCUGUUCCUGGGACCCUGGAGUGUAGGCAAGUCCACCAUGAUAAACUACCUGCUGGGCCUCCAGAACAGCCCACAAGAACUCUACACAGGUGCUGAACCCACCACCUCUGAGUACACCGUUAUAAUGCACGGUGAGAAGGUGCGCACCAUCGAAGGUAUCGUCAUGGCAGCGGACAGUUCCCGCUCUUUCUCACCGCUGGAGAAGUUCGGUCAGGGAUUCCUGGAGAAGCUGGUGGGCAUUGAGAUUCCACACAAGCUGCUGGAACGGGUCACCCUGGUGGACACUCCUGGAAUCAUUGAGAACCGCAAGCAGCAGGAGAGAGGUUACCCCUAUAAUGAAGUGUGCCAGUGGUUCAUUGACCGAGCCGACCUGAUCUUCCUGGUGUUCGAUCCCACCAAGCUGGACGUGGGCCUGGAGCUGGAGAUGCUGUUCAAACAGAUGAAGGGUCGCGAGUCUCAGAUCCGCAUCAUCCUCAACAAGGCUGACAACCUGGCCACCCAGGACCUGAUGCGAGUGUACGGUGCCCUGUUCUGGAGCAUGGCGCCUCUGAUCAACGUGACGGAGCCCCCCCGCGUCUACGUGAGCUCAUUCUGGCCACAGGAGUACGCUUCUGACACCAGCCACGAGCUCUUCAGGAAGGAGGAGACCUCUCUGCUGGAGGACCUGAACCAGGUGAUUGAGAACCAGAUGGAGAACAAGAUUGCCUUCAUCCGGCAGCACGCCAUCCGGGUGCGCGUCCACGCCCUGCUGGUGGACCGCUAUCUCCAAACGUACAACGAGAAGAUGGGCUGGUUUGCAGACCCAGAGGAGGUUUUCCGCGACAUUACAGCCGAACCGGACCGCUUCUACAUCUUCAAAUCUGUUCUAGCCAAGGCUAACGUGAGCAAGUUUGACCUGCCCGAGGCCGAGGUGUACCGGGACUUCUUCGGAGUAAACCCGGUGAGCGGAUUCAAGCGGCUGGAGUCGCAGUGCGGCUGGACGGGGGGCUGCCUGCUGGACAAAGUGGAGAAGGCCAUCGGACAGGACCUGCCCGCUCUGCUCAGCAGCCUGACGGAGAAGAAAGAGACGCCCAAAGCAGAAGAAAAGCCCAAAGCAGCAGAGAAAGCAAAGGCUGCAGAGAAACCCAAAGAGGAGGAGAAGCCCAAGAACCGCUGGAGGAGGCAGUGAGGAAAAGAGAGAGAGAGAGAGAACAAGGGAGGAGAGGGAUGGAGUGAGAAGGAAUGAAGAGAUUUUUCCAAUAAACCCUGGUUUCACCCAUGCUGGACAUCAAUCAAGCCAGUGAACGAGUAAAUGCCUGAGAAAAUGGAUGGAUGUGUGAAUGAAUAGACAAAUAAAUAAAUUAAUAAAUAAUUAUAAAUGAAGAAUUGUGUUAAUGAAUGGAUGGAUAAAUUAAUAAUUGAUAAUGAGUUGGUGAGGGAAAAAAAGUUUACUGAGUUAAAUAACAAAUAACCUCAUACAAGAUGAGGCAGUGAGAAAAAAAUCAUUAUUAAUUAACAAAGACCUUAAUAAAUGCCUGUAAUGUCCAAUAAAUUAACCAAUGGUGUAAUGGAAAUAAAAAAAAUAUAUUUAUCACAGAACAAUUAUAGGAUGAUAGAAAUAAGGCAUGGUUAAUUUGGUAAAAGCAAAUUAUUAAAUGUAUGGAUGGAUAAGUAAAUGAAUGAAUGGAUGGAUGAGUGAAUUAAUGGAUGAAUGGGUGGGUGGAUAGAUGAGUAAAUGGAAUUAAUAUAUAAAAUGUAUGUAUGAAUGAAUGAAUUAAUGAAUGGAUGAACAGAUGACAGGAGUGACAGGAGCAAGAAAGAAAUGAAACAUCAAAUCAGAGGCAUGAAGAAAAUCCAGAGGGAUGUAAAGGAGAUCAUGAGCUCAGUCUGGAAUAAUCGAGUCUCUUUACUGGUUUCUAUAAACAGCAGCGUUGUGACCGAGCCCUGACUCUUCAGACUCUGAUCCAGCUGACUCCAGAUCAGCGCUCUCUCACUGUGUGACGUAUGACUGUGAUGUAGCCGCUGCUCUUUGGCUUCUUCUUUUUCUUUUUGUUCAUCAUGUUUGAUAGUUGAUUUGUUUGUUUCUUUCCAGGCGAUGCUGCAGGUUCCUUUAAUUGUUAUAAUCUGCGAUGAAGCUCUAAACAGCUCAUUUGCAUAUUGAUGCUGUCCAGUGAAAACGAAUCUCCCAAACCCCACCUUUACAGGAGAGAGGUCAGACCUGCUUAAUUUUAAUAGUACUCAAUGUAAAAAGAGUUUAUUUCAGGUCAUUUUGGAGAAUUUUGUUUGUUAAAAUUAUUGUUGUAAACUAAAAUAGACAGAAAUGGAGAUGCUCGUUUUUCACUGAACAGCGUAUGAAUUAUUAUUUGGAGUGUUGUGUUGUGGAGGCUGGUGUUGAAUGGUGUUAACGCUGCAUGUGAAAUACAGCACCACAUUAAACUGGUUCUUUCUUCUGUUGUA